AUGGCGGAGUUACAAAUGCUUUUGGAAGAGGAGAUUCCCGCUGGUCGAGGAGCUUUACUUGACAGUUUUGCCAAUUUAGAGAGAGUCGCGGAGUACUGUGAAAGCAACUACAUCCAGUCCCCAGAUAAGCACAGAGCUCUUGAAGAGACCAAAAGCUACACUACACAGUCUCUGGCCAGUGUUGCUUACCUGAUCAACACGUUAGCCAACAAUGUCCUUCAGAUGUUGGACAUACAGGCGUCACAGCUACGCCGGAUGGAGUCCUCCAUCAACCACAUCUCACAGACGGUGGACAUCCACAAGGAAAAGGUUGCCAGGCGGGAGAUUGGCAUCCUUACCACCAAUAAGAACACCUCUCGCACACACAAAAUCAUCGCGCCAGCCAAUCCCGAGAGGCCGGUGCGCUACAUUCGCAAACCCAUCGACUACAGCCUGCUGGAUGACCUGGGCCAUGGCGUAAAGGUCAACGCUCAGAACAUGAAAGCGGGUACAACACCACGCACUGCAGCCCCCACCCAGAAACCUCCCAGCCCCCCAGGACCUGGGAAAGGCACAAUUGGGCGCCAUUCCCCCUACCGGACGCUCGAGCCGGUGCGCCCUCCCGUCGUCCCUAACGACUACGUGCCGAGUCCGACACGAAACACUGCACCGCCUCUCCAGAGCCCGGCACGAACCGCCUCGGUUAAUCAGAGGACCCGCACGUACAGCAGUGGGAGUAGCGGAGGAAGUCACCCCAGCAGUCGCAGUAGCAGCAGGGAAAACAGCGGGAGCGGAAGUGUGGGCGUGCCCAUCGCCGUGCCGACGCCCGCCCCGCCCACUGCCUUCCCAGGCAACGGUCCUCAGUUUUACAGCAUGAAUCGCCCAGCGACGCGGCAGACUGCGCCCUCUGUUGGCGGCUCUCUGCCUUACCGUCGACCCCCUUCAGUAACCGGUCAGCCCAACGCAGUUUCAAACCCAAACGCCAACCUGACCCAGAACCAGGUCAACGGAGGACCGCACUACAACCAGAACCAAGGCUCCGUAGCCCCCCCUCCCCCCUCCAUACUCCAGAUCACCCCUCAGCUUCCUCUGACCGGGUUUGUGGCUCGAGUUCAGGAGACCAUUUCAGAUGCACCUCCUCCACCACCACCUGUGGAAGAGGCUGAGUUUGCGGAGUCAGCCCCACCCCCACCUCCACCAGAGGACUAUGAGGAUGAGGAAGGGGACGAAGAGGAGGAGUCGGCGGUGGUGGAGUACAGCGACCCCUACGCGGAGGAGGACCCGCCGUGGGCACCGCGCAGCUACCUGGAGAAAGUGGUGGCCAUCUACGACUACACGCGAGAUAAGGAGGACGAGCUGUCCUUCCAAGAGGGCGCCAUCAUCUACGUGAUCAAGAAGAACGAUGACGGCUGGUACGAGGGGGUCAUGAGCGGAACCACCGGCCUGUUUCCUGGCAACUACGUGGAAUCCAUCAUGCACUACGCUGACUGAGCCGCGAAA